AUGGGCCGGAAGCGAGCUUGGGAGGUCCUCUCCGAAAAGCCACAACCAAUUCCGGACGAUGUGGACAUCCUGGUUGCCGGCUUCAGCUGCAAGGACCUCUCAUUAAUGAACUCCUACCGGAAAGCGUUGCAGGAAAUGGGCCAGUCUGGAGCUACUCUGCGCGGCGUUCUAGAUUACGCGGAGAGGCACCGACCUCGACUCAUUCUGCUGGAGAAUGUGUGGGCCAUUACAAAGGGCAACAGCGUCGGCUUCAAGCAGGUGGACUUGGUCAUGGAGGGUCUGAAGGCGCGUGGCUACGCUGCUGGGUACCGCCUCCUGAACAGCUGUGACUAUUUCAUUCCACAAACCCGACACAGGAUUUGGAUGUGGGCAAUCCGCUUGUCGGAAAAGCCGCCGCGGACGCAGGAGGAAGCCGAGACCUUUCGGCAGCGUGCCGAAACGCUCAGCCAGAAGGUGGAACCGCAAUUCAAUGAUAUCCUCGUCGCCUUAGAAGAGCCCUGUGCACUUCACUUCGAGGACUACAUGCUCGACGACGAUCAUCCAGCUGUCCGUGCGCACUUUCAGUUCCUGAAAUCGCAGAACCGAGCAGCGCAGGUCGUCAAGAAAAAGGCCGGGGCAAAGCUGGACUGGACGCAGAAGUACGACACCCACCGAACUGGGCAUGACUACCAGUAUGACCGACCUUACACGGCUGUUCGUGAUGCAGACUUCCUCCAGGUCCUGAACGAACGGGAGAAGGAGCUCUUGAACUUGAAAUGUCUGGAUGUCAUGAACGAACAGGGCAAGGACCCCCGUGCAUUCCCCAUGCUUUGGGAACUCUCCCAAAGUGUGGAGCGUGUGCCAGGAGUCAGGAUGCGAAGGGACCGACAGAACUACGCGGCCUGCAUCCUCCCAGGAAUUCUUUGGCACUCGAGUCGGAAGCGCUGGGUGCUUGGCAUCGAGAAGCUCGCGCUUCAGGGCAUCUUUGCGGAGGACCUCAAGGACACGGACUUCCCGCAGAAGUUGCUCGGCAAUCUCGCGGGCAAUGCCUUCACCACGUCCGUUUGCGCAGCCAACCUGAUCGCUCUCCUAACCUGUUCAAGUGAGGUGAGUGCAGAGCUAGAUAGCUAG